AUGGCGAACAAACCACAACGGGCCCCUAGGGCUUCAGUUUCGACCGGCGACUUCGACGUGACUGAAUUCUCCAAGGAAUUCGAAAACCUGAUGCGCAGCAAGAAAUUCAAUGCCUUUCAGCUGCAAUCACGAUGCGACUCGCGCACCAGCUCGCCAGCCCCUUCGCAAUCGCCACACUUUGCUGCUGCUACCACCUCCCCACGAUCGACCUCAUGCCCAUUGCCUAUUAUGCCUCACCCACCGCGAGAUGCCGUUUCCGUUAAAUUCUGCAACCUCCUGCGCGUGCUUUCAGUGACGCCGACAAAAUACGAGAACCCGGGUCUGCUGGACGACGCUCUGACGGCCAUCCCGCUGGACCGGCUGUACGCCGAGGCCGAUGACGAACACCAGAUUCAUCAGGCACAGAGCGCCAGCGUCGGGAAAAAGCCGCAAUGGGGAUAUCAAGAUUUCGUCAUCCAGUCUUUACUUAAGUGGUUCAAAAAGUCCUUUUUCACUUGGGUCAACAAUCCACAGUGCUCUAGAUGCUACAUGCCCACGAUCGUCCACGGAAUGGUCCCACCGACACCAGAUGAAACCGCGAGAGGCGCUACCCGAGUUGAAGGCUACAAGUGUGCUGGUUGCGGUGCGUUGGAGCGAUUCCCAAGAUACUCGGAUGUCUGGCAGCUUCUACAAACCCGGUGCGGCCGUGUGGGUGAGUGGGCAAAUUGCUUCACCAUGCUCUGCCGCGCAUUGGGCAGCCGGGUCCGCUGGGUGUGGAACUCGGAGGAUUACGUCUGGACCGAGGUGUACUCGGAACACCAGCGAAGAUGGGUGCAUGUCGACGCCUGCGAAGGCGUGUGGGAUCAGCCCCGACUCUACACAGAAGGUUGGGGUCGAAAACUUUCCUACUGCAUCGCUUUUUCCAUUGACGGAGCCACCGAUGUCACCCGCCGUUAUGUUCGCAAUGCCGCCAAACACGGCCUACCUAGAAACCGAGUCCCCGAAGACGUGCUUUUAUGGGGAAUUUACGAGAUCAGGAGGAUACGCAGAGAGAAGCUUCCCGAACAUGAACACCAGAGGCUGAGAAAGGAGGACGAGCGGGAAGAGCGAGAUCUGCGCAUGUUCACCAUGUCUGCACUGGCGAAAGAAAUCACCUCUCUCUUUCCCGGCGCAUCGCGACCGGUCCGUGGCGACGAGCACAAAACACCGCUCACCCAAGACCAAGACGCUGCCCAAUGGGUUAAUCCGAGACAACAAGGCGAAAGCGAAAACUCGGGUCCUGAUGGUCACCGGUAA